GCUGAGUUUGAAGAAGUCGGCCGUCGCCACUGUCCAAAAUGGUUCGACACGUUGAAAGUUUGGAUGAGUUCCAAAAUAUACUUAAAGAAGCUGGGGAUAAACUUGUAGUCGUUGAUUUCACAGCAACAUGGUGUGGUCCCUGCAAAAUGAUUUCCCCUGUCUUUGAGAAACUAAGUGUAGAAAAUCCGGAUGUUGUUUUCAUAAAAGUGGAUGUUGAUGACGCACAGGAUGUUGCUGCCCACUGUGAUGUCAAAUGUAUGCCAACCUUUCAUUUCUAUAAAAAUGGACAAAAGGUGCACGAAUUCAGCGGUGCUAACCAAGCGAGCCUUAUCCAGAAAGUACAGGAUCUAAAAUAAAUGAGCUAGUCAACUAUAUCGUUUGCUACACUUAUUCAAGUUUCCAUAUAAAUAUGUAUGUGUAAUAUCCUUGUUGCAUUGUCAACAGAUCAGUAACUCUGUAAUCCUGCUGUCCUCCUAUAUUCAAAAAUAUGAUCCAGCUAUACAAGAACAACUUAUGAAAGAUUUUAUUAAAAGAAUUUUCUUUAAAGGUU